AUAUAACACUCGCAUGGAAAAUGUAUCUUUGAGUUCGGGCGGUCAAGUCGAUUUUAGUUGAGUAGAACCUUGAAAGGCAUUGCAAUCGCACCGCACUUCGUGAACGCGUUCCGUGAAAAAUACUUGUGCAAGUUUUUCAAAAUAAAUCGUGAUACGCAGUUUUAGCUUCAGUGUUUUAAAUUGUGAGAAAUAAAUUAAAUCAGACAAAAUGUUCAGUGGAAUCGCAGGGGCGUUCCGAAGCAUCGGCGAGAAGACUGCUUCCCUUUUCGACCGCAAGAAAAAAGAUGCAGAGCAAGCUGCCGUGGAGAAGGCACAGGAGGUCGCUCAUGUCGUAGAAGACCAGGUCAAGAAGGCCGGUGAGAUCAUCGGAGGGGCUCAGCAGACCGCCACCAAUGCUGCAGGCACAGCCAACGACGCUAAGCACUCCGCCAUCGAUGCCCUGGACAAGGAGUUGUCGAAGGUCUCCCUGGCCGCUGGUGAGGCCCAGGACGCCGCCAGCAAGGCUCUCGCUGAUGGCAAGAAGGUCGUUGACACAACCAAAGACACAUUGGCUGCAACAGCAGAGAACACGAAAAAGGCCGCAGAAUCAGCAUACAACACAACUAAAGAUACCGUUUCAAGCACUGUUCAGAAUACGGUAGAUAUUACACAGAGAGUUGCCCAAUCGGCUAUUGAUACCGGGAAAACAUAUGCCACAACCGCUAGAGAUUCAGUGAAUAGCACUGUAGAGAACACAAAACACGCUGCACAAACAGCUGUAGAUACGGCAAAGACUUAUGUAGAUAGCGCCAAAGAUACAGCCCAAAGUACGUUCCAAAUGGCAUACGAUGCAUCUGUUGGUGCAUACAGUUCGGCUUAUGGCAUGGGCUUGUCUUAUUUUGAGAGCGCCAAAGAUACAGUAGCAAGCACAGUAGAUAGCACAAAGAAAACUGCACAAAGUACAAUUGAGACUGGGAAAACCUACGUCGAUUCAGCUAAAGAUAGUGUAGCGAACACAGUGCACACAACUGUAGAUGCUACCAAGAAUGCUGCUGCAGCUGCCGUUGAGAAGGGCACUACUAUGAUUGGCACGGCCAAAGAAACUGUAGCCAGCACAAUUAGUACCACUGUAGACACAACCAAAAAUGUAGCCGCUGCUGCCGUAGACAAGGGUACCACGCUCAUUGGCACAGCUAAAGAUACGGUCGCCAGCACUGUAGACACAUCUAAAAGCGUUGCAGCUGCUGCAGUAGACAAGGGCACUUCAUUAUUUGGCACAGCUAAAGAUACCGUAGCAAGCACAGCACAGAGCACAGUAGACUCUACCAAGAACGUUGCAGCAUCAGCUGUAGACCAAAGCACAACAUUCAUUGGUGCAGCCAAAGAUACGGUAGCAAGCACGGUAAACGCGACAGUAGACACAACUAAAAAUGUAGCCGCAGCUGCUGUGGAGAAAGGCACUGCUGCGUUUGGCACUGCUAAAGACACGGUAGCCAGCACAGUACAAGCCACAGUUGAUACAACCAAAAACGUGGCAGCUGCUGCUGUUGAGAAGGGCACUACUGCUAUUGGCACUGCUAAAGACACAGUAGCAAACACGGUUCAUGCUACAGUAGACACCACUAAAAAUGUUGCUGCGUCCGCUUUUGAGAAAGGAACUACCGCGAUUGGCAGCGCUAAAGACACAGUAGCAAACACAGUUCAUGCGACAGUAGACACGACUAAAAAUGUUGCCGCUGCCGUGGUUGAGAAAGGCACAACCGCCAUUGGCACCGCUAAAGACACGGUAGCAAGCACAGUUCACGCGACAGUAGACACGACUAAAAACGUAGCUGCAGCCGUUGUUGAGAAAGGCACAACCGCUAUUGGCACCGCUAAAGACACAGUAGCAAACACAAUUCAUGCGACAGUAGACACGACUAAAAAUGUUGCCGCAGCCGUUGUUGAGAAGGGCACAACCGCGAUUGGCACCGCUAAAGAAACUGUAGCAAAUACUGUACAUUCUACGAUAGACACGACUAAAGAUGUCGCCGCUGCAGCUGUUGAGAAAGGUUCUUCCAUUAUUGGUAGUGCAAAAGACACAGUAGCAAACACAGUAACUAGUACGGUAGACACGACAAAGAAUGUAGCUGCGUCAGCAGUUGAGAAGGGUUCAUCUUUAAUAGGAAGUGCCAAAGAUACUGUAGCACAUACUAUUGAUACAACGAAACAGGCGGCAGCUUCUGCGGUAGACACAGGAGUUUCAUACGCUGCUAGUGCUAAAGACACGCUAGCAAACACUGUUCAUAGCACUGUAGAUACAACGAAAAGUUUGGCUUCAUCGGCUGUAGAUAAGGGAGCGUCUUUUGUUGGGGGUGCUAAAGACACAGUAGCACAUACGUUUGACUCUACAAAACAAGCGGCCGCUUCUGCGGUAGACACGGGUGUGUCGUACGCCGCUAGUGCUAAAGACACACUUGCUAAUACGGUACAUAGCACAGUAGAUGCUACCAAAAAUGUUGCGUCAUCAGCAGUAGAUAAAAGCGCGGCUUUUGUAGGCAGUGCUAAAGAUUCGUUGGCAAGCACAGUAGACUCGGCUAAGAAUGUAGCAGCUGGUGCCGUAGACACAAGCGUAUCGUUUUUAGGAAAUGCUAAAGAUACAGUAUCAAGCACUGUACUCGGCACUGUUGACACGACAAAGAAUGCAGCAGCUUCAGUAUUUGAUAAAGGAGUUAAUAUGGUUGGAGGUGCCAAAGAUACGAUCAACACCACCGUGGACGCGACCAAGAAGGCAGCUGAGGAGGCUAAGGCUCAGGCCGCGAAGGCCGCUGAGGACGCCAAGGAGAAGGCCAGGCUUGCUGCCAAGGCCGCCGAAGAAGAGGCCAAGAGAGUUGCUAACGCAGCCGUAGAGGAAUCUAAGAAGGCUGCUGAGAAGGCGGCUGCAGAUGCCAGCAACGCCAUCAACAGCACAGUGGACAACACCCUCAAGAGGGUGGAGAACGCUGCUGACGAGGGCAUCAAGAACGCCAGCACCGUCGUCGACUCCAAGAUCAAGGACGCUGACAAAUACCUCAACGAGAAGAGGGAUAAUCUCCUGACAAACCUGUCGUCCGCUGUCAACGAAGCAUCAACAGGCGCCUCCGGUCUCCUGAGCAAGGGCCUGACCGCCUUCCCCAAGUAGAUUUCCGUCACGCCUGUACCAUCAUCGCUACCUUCAAGUGGGGAGUGGAAAUAUAACAGGACUCAAUUAUUACAUACGAGUAACUUUAAGGCCUAAACUUUAUCUAUAAUAGAUACUGGAAAAACAAUGCAAAUAAUGUUCUGUAAUUAUGAAAAUAAUUAUCUUUCAACUUAUGUAAUAGGCCUAAUAUGAUAAAAGAACUACUUUUUUCUACGAUACACGAAAUUUUAUAGUUCGAUUUCAAUUUUUAAUAUAUCUUUUAUCAAUUCUUAAAGUAUCUUCUGACUUCUGAGUCUUGUUAUCUUUCCUAUCUACACAUUUCGAAUAGUCCAUCACAUUUUGUUUAUACACAUGCACAUUGUUCGUAAGUUUUGUUUUAAUUAAUAGUACAAUAUUGUAUAGUUUUUUAGUUAGUAAGUCUUACUAACAUACAUAAAUGUUACGUGACAUUGUUAAGAACAAAAUAAAAUAUUGUAUUAAUAUUACCUAACGAUACUUUUACGACUAUGCAUUACUUAUAUUCAUUGCAAAUUUCUUAUUAAAAUUAUGUACGAAUUUGCAUUAAAUAUUUUAUAUUUAAGUCACAAAAUUGCAAUCUCAUGUGUACUCGUCUAUAUUAUUUCUUAAGUUAAUUUUAAGUUAUUGUAAGCUCAUUUUAUAUUUUGCAUUUGAAAUGCAUUUCGCAUACAUUUGUCUCGAAUUUCUAUGCUUGGCUUAAUACCGUCCAUAAUAGCCUUUUACAAAUUAAAAUAAGAAGUAAAUUCAUUGUUCCUACAAUAGUACCUACCUUACCUACAUACAGGCACUCUUGCGUACAUUUAUAAAUAGUGAUAAUGCUUACGAAGUCUAAAUAUAUUGAUAUAAUAUCUGUUAUUUACACUACUGCUUAGCAGUCUAUUUUAUGAUACGAAUAUACGGAUGUUAAAAUAUAGUAGAUAUUUAUUAUACAAAACAGUCAUAUUUUUGAAAUGACGCUUGAAAUUGUUGCUUAUAUGUGUUUAUCUGUUAAAAUCAAUUUUAAUCAAAUUAUUAUUGUUCAUAGAGAUACAUGUUCUUAUUUUCUAUACCUGUUAAAAUCAUACUAUGUGUUGUUCAAUAAAUACAUGCGAUCCAUAA